AUGGCUGAUACUAUUCACGUUUCGUCUUCUAUGGAGCAAAAUGAUCUUCCUCCAGGAACCUUCUUAUUGAUUCGAGAAGAUGAAUAUGACACCAACAAUCAGAGGCUUAUUAUGCUUGAUCCCAUUCCAAGCACCGACCCAAACCAGCCAUUGAACUGGAGCAUGGCUCGCAAGAUCGUCAAUUUCACCAUUGUUCUAGGCAUGACAGUCGUUAUCUUUACAGCACUUAGUGUGCAGACCAUUUUCUGGCAGCAAAUGGUUGUCGAUCUCAAGACCACCUACACGGAUCUUAACAGGGCAAUGUCCGUGAACUUUGUUGGCUUGGCAUCGGGAUGUUUUCUCUUCAUUCCCUUGGCGAAGAAAUAUGGCCGCCGUCCUAUUUACAUUGUUUCAACCAUCCUGAUGUUGAUUACCUCUUUCUGGUCGGCCGAGCUACACGAUUUGACAGGGCUCUACGUCUCCAAUUUGCUGCAAGGACUGGCAGGUGCAACAAAUGAGGCUAUAGUUGAGAUUACGAUUGCGGAUCUCUUCUUUGUGCACCAACGAGGCCGAAUGAAUGCUCUUUAUAUGACUAUGGUUAUGAUUGGAUCCUUCUUGGCUCCUAUGGCCGCAGGUACACAGGCAACCAACCAAGGUUGGCGCUGGUCCUACCGCACCAUGGGCAUAUUCAACGCCAUCUUCUUGAUUCUUUUCAUUUUCGUUUAUGAGGAAACUAAGUAUAUUCCCGUGAUUACUGGUCAGUCACGGCUGGAGGAAGAAAGAAACAACAGUAUACAUCAAGCCAAAGAGGAUGAUGGAAAGGAGCCGUCUCAAUCCACAACCAAGCCCUCACAAAUUGUCGAGCCAAGCACAUUACAUCGCGAACUGGACACUAGUAUUCCAAUGAACACAUGGCGAAAACGUCUGGCCCUGGCCACACCAACGCCCGAAUCCAUCUGGCCAUAUUACUACCGACCCUUUUACGUUCUUAUUAGCUUCCCAGCUGUCAUGUAUACAGCAUUGCAAUACGCUUGUGGUGUGGUAAUGCUCACAAUAUUGUCGACCGUUCUAUCGCUUACAUUCCCACUGCCGCCAUAUGCGUUCAACCCGGAGCAGAUUGGCUUUAUGAGUGUGGGUCCAUUUAUUGGAAACCUCUUGGGUUCGAUCUAUGGUGGUGUUCUUGGCGAUUGGUCGAUUCUAUACUUCUCGCGCAGGAAUAAAGGCUACUUUGAGCCUGAGAUGCGUUUGUAUAUUCUGCCUAUACCUGCAGUUUUCAUGACUGGAGGUUUGGUCAUGUUUGGCGCUACCAUUGCUCGGGGUAUGCAUUGGAUUUAUCCUAGUAUUGCUGGUGUUUUCUUUGGAUUUGGACUGGGAAGUAUCAGUGAUGCUGCCUUGACGUUGGUCAUCGACAGCUAUAUUGAGGUUACUGGUGAUGCUUUUACAGCAAUUGCCUUUAUGCGCAAUGCUGUUUCUAUUGGAAUUCCAUUUGCAAUUAGCCCAUGGAUGGAGAAAAAUGGCACCCAAAAUAUGUUUAUCGCUUGCGGAUUUAUCUGCCUCGGAGUUACGUCUUUGAUGGUUCCAAUGAUCAUUUGGGGUAAGGAUGCUCGACGUGCAUCGGCUGCACUAUACCGGCGAAUGAUCGAAACGCAGGGAAGCGUUGGGCAUUAG